GUAAGGGCGGUUCACCGUGACAUGAAUGCUUCCCCCCCUCUGCUACGGAAAACUACAACCGUUGACUCACAUCAACAGGCUUCAGUUGCAGCCAGUCAGUCAGUUGUACUAUAAAAAACUACAGUAACCAGGUCCCCCCGCGAGGUUCGUGCGAAUCAGCAUCCGCAUUUUUUCUUGAUGAUGUGCGCAGGGGGAGAGAUCAAAAGAAGAAAAAAGAAAAUAGGGCGUUGUGGAGACUCCCUCAUUCAUUUGCGGAGAAAAGUGUCCGUUCUUGAAUACGUGGGCGAGCAUGAUGCACGUACACGACAGAGAGCUGACAGAGAGAGAGAGGAGAGAGAGGGAGGGAGGGAGGAAAAGGGCGUUUUGACUCGAUCCGAGUCUGGAGCAACGUUAGACCCAAUUUGCGCAGAGAGAAAGACUGUGCGUAAAAGCCCCGCAGACGCCGAAGAUAAACUGACAUUUUCCCACUUUGGCACAACGACUUUGUGAGACGGUUUUGAGGCGUUCGGAGCCGUUGGACCGUCAGAUCGUCCCUGCAACAGAGUUGGAGUUCAACUGACUGUCGUCGGCAGGAAGAGCCACAAACAUCUCUGGGCAGCAGUUUUUCGCCUUCUUCCCUCUCUCCAGGAAGACAUGGCUAAAUUAUUCCGAGCUGCCAUCAUGGGUCCACCGGGGUCGGGCAAAGGGACGAUAUCCAAGAGGAUUGCGCAGAGCUUCGGUCUGCUGUACCUGUCCAGCGGCCACUAUCUGCGAGAGAGCAUAGCGGCGAACACGGAGGCCGGUUUGCUGGUAAAGUCCUACGUUGAAAGGAGCAUGCUGGUGCCUGACCAUGUGAUGACCAAACUGAUGCUGCCCAGACUGGAACAGCUGAGUGGCCACAGCUGGCUGCUGGACGGUUUCCCUCGGACGCAGUCGCAGGCCCUGGCCUUGAAUAACUUGUACCAGCUCGACUUGGUCAUCAGCCUCAACAUACCCUACGAGACUCUGAGAGAGAGACUGAGUGACCGCUGGGUCCACCCGGCCAGCGGGAGAGUCUACAACAUGGGCUUCAACCCGCCACGAGUGCAGGGCAAGGAUGACCUCACCGGGGAGCCGCUGAUUCAGCACGACGAUGACAAGCCCGAAGCCCUGAUGUCCAGACUGAGACACUACAAGGAUGUAGCCAAGCCUGUCAUGAACUUGUACAAGUCACAGGGAGUCCUGCACUCAUUUUCCGGUACAGACACAAACCGGAUUUGGCCGUACAUCAACUCUCUCCUCAACACCAAGAUGCACACACAGCCGCCAGACGCCUGCCAAACCAAGACGCCCUGACGGCGCUCUGGAAAUGCGAAGGCCACGGGGGAACAUUGAGAGGCCAUUAGAGGAAGUGGGUUGUUGAUGUGUGUACACGCGGGCCUCGGUGUCGGUUUUCAUCACGGUCACUAACGGUGGGGUUUAGAGGAACGGACCAGGACACUGAUCAGAACUGUAGAGACGGCCGACAUGUUUGUGAUUCAAUCACGAGUUGGCUUUUUCGCACAAACCGUUGUUUCAUGUAUGGGUUGUAUCACGGAUCAUGAUGGAAUCCGUUAAGGGCAAUAUCAGAACCAUUGAAAAUUUUAAUUUUUAACACAAAGCAUUCGUCACCAAAUCGUUCUUUACACAUUUGAGUUUGUAUGAAUUGUUAAACGCUGAAUUAAAAUCUCGGAUCAGGCGGAAUGCAGGAAAAUACUAUGUAGUUGUAGUUGUAGUUUUGAAAGAGAAAGAAUAUCCACAAACAAAAUCAUCUUAUGAAGCUCAGCCUCCAGGCUGCUGAUUAAUUGAAACCAAUGCUCGUACUGUGUUUCUAGGUGUGUCCAUCCAUUGAGUAAAUGAUGCACUGUCUAAACCGCUUUUCUUUGCUUUUGUGCUGGUAUGCUGCACGAGUCGGAUGCAGUCACGCUUGGGCUGGUGUGCAAAAACACCACGCGGUCACUCUACAGCGCGCUCUGCGUGCCUUCGACGUUGUUACAUUCCUCUACAUAUACCGUAGAGUUGCCUUGAGAUUAUGAUCUUCAAAAUAUAGUUUUUAUUAUAGUUAGAAUGCGAUGUUUGUGCAGCGUUUGUUCACCUUUUAAAAAAACAAACAGCUGGAUUAGUUCAGAAAUAGUUCAUUUUAUGAUUAUGACAAGGUCAUAUAUGUAAAGAUCUUAUUUUCCAAUCGUUUGAAUUCAUAAAUCAUUGUUGCAACAAGGUGGACAACUUGUAAAACUACUUUUUUUUCUCCAAGAAUUAUUCACUUUACAGAAGAGAACUUUUGGUCCAUAAAUGAUCAACCACGUUAAAGAGAUAAUGCACUAAAAGGAGUUUGCUUUUACAAAUAGCCCUUCUACUAGUGACGAACAUGUACAAUAAAGACCAACAGAUGCGUUUUAAAUGUUUUCCAACUCUAUAGUUAGUUUUAUCACCUUCCUUCAUUUUGAAUCCUAAAAAGAAGAAACAUGCACUAACUAUCUUUAUCUGUGGUCCGAGCGAGGAUUGUUGGUGUUGUAUGUGUUACAGAGUGUAAAGACCUUUGAGACGACGUAGAGAUGAUACAAUAUUUGUCACUUGGGUGACAACUGGAUAAAAUGCCUUUGUGCGCAAAAUGUCAGCAACUGGCCUCCUUGUCUCGGUGUCUUCCGCAGCGAAAGUCUGUGGAUAAACUUUUGGUGGAGGGAGAAUAUGUCUGUCGAGGGCGUGACCACAGCAGACUCUUUUUUUUUUUCCCAUCGCUAUUUUUAUACCAUGCUGUCCAAACAUUUUACAGUCCAAGAACAAUUAAAAUAUUUUCUCAUG